CUCGUUUCGCCGGCGCGUCGGUGAAGCAAGUAACUAAAUCGAAUUUCGCCGCCGUCAUCCCCCAAAUCAAGGCCGACAUCGAAGCCGCCGAAUUCAUAGCUAUCUCCACCCGCAAGACCGGAGACUCUUCCUCCUCCUCCUCUCACCGCCGGCCAUGGAGGAUGAUUCUCCCCUUUGAUACAUCUGAGACCGCUUACCUCAAAUCGAAGCUCGCUGCCGAGAACUUCGAGCUCCUCCAGUUCGCCGUCUGCCCAUUCUCCAUUCGCGGUUCAAAGGUGCUUGCUUUCCCUUACAACUUCCAUCUCUUUCCUAGAGAUGAACUCACCCUAGGCAUGCCUUCUUAUAGCUUUUCAUGCCAGACAUCAUUCCUCACCUCCAUGGCUUGCGAGGGUUUUGAUUUCAAUGCUUGCGUUUAUGAUGGCAUAUCAUACUUAUCUAGAGUACAGGAAGCUAAGGUGAGAGAAAUAAAUAUGGGAUCGUGGAUGCAUACAGUUGCGUCUUCGCAAAAUUUUAGUGUUGCAGAUUCAAUUUUCAAGGAGAGAAUCAAGGCAAGGAUUACUCACUGGAGAAAAGGAUGUAAAGAUACCGGCCGAACCAAAGACGAGUCUUUUGUUCAAUCUCUGCGGAAAAUAGUAUUAGGUGGGGAAGAUUAUGGUUCUAGGCCUGGUUUGAGUGUAGAUAUCUGCAGUGAAAAACAAGUGCUGUUAGUUUUUGAGAUUGUGGAACAUAUUUCUGAUGAUCUUGUACCUAUAGUUAUCUCUCAUAAUGGAGGAGAAUCAAAAGCAGUGCGUGUUGUGUUAACCAGCUCAGAAGAGGAUAAAAAAGCACUUUUGACAGAAAUUCAGAAUCUUGAAGAUGAGAAGAAUCUCAAACUGAGAGGAUUCCGAUAUGUCAUUGAUUUGAUCUCAAGUUCUCACAAAACAAUAGUUUCCGACAACUGUCUGCAUGAAUUUACAUUCAUUCAUCAGAAGUUUCUCGGCCCAUUGCCGGCUACCCUGUCAGAAUUCAUGUGCUCGUUGAGGUUGCUAUUCUCCAAUGUGAUUGAUCUUAAUCAUUUGUUGAAGGAGUUUGGGCCAUUGAGGAAAGCAAAGAAUAUCCCAAGCGCCCUCAGUUAUUUAAAAAGACAGUAUUUUGCGCCAGUAGAACUUGAAGUUCCUGUGCGAGCUGAAGAUGGGAACCAGUGCCAUGGAAACAAUGUUCUAAAGCUAACUUUUUUGUUUGCUAAGCUGAAUAUAUUGUUGAAGAAUGCUCCUUCUAGCCUAACAAAACUUGAGCUUUCCACUUCAAUGGAAGAUUAUGCAAACAUUUUCUAUCCAGCAUCUGUAACACUUCCUGAACCUGGUGAUGAUGACGAUGAAACUGGCUUGCGGAUUGAUACUACCAGGAGAGUAAGCACAGAUAACAUACUCUUCUUAUGGGGAUUUGAUGGUGUUAUUUCUGCUAUGGAGCUUAAAAAUCGUCUUUUGCAAAUCCAUCCAGUGUUUUCAGAAGAUUUUGAUGUUCUACUUGCGGAUAAAUCCUGCACUAUUGUAGUUUUUGGGAGGAAGGGUGCUGCUGGGAUAUUAGUUAAGGACAUGGGUUCAGUUGACACUAUUUCUGGUGUUUUAAGAGAGAUGGUUGUGGAUGGGUUGAGGGCAGCAGGAUAUGAUGCCUACAAGAAGGUCUGUAGAUUGGGCCUUUGGGAGGGAGACUUGGCUGAUUCAAUGGAAGUUGCUUUGGCUGAUACUGUGGAAGAAGAUCUUUGUUCAUUAUCCAGGACAAAUACUAAUGAGAUUAAUUGGAACAGUGAGAUGAUGAUUGAUCUAAAUGAUCUUUGGACAAAAUAUUGGAUUGAUGGAGGUUAAACAUUGUCAUGGGGAGAACGAUGUUGAUGCUUCUUUCUCUAGGACACAAGUUGUUCCUAAACCCUCACUUGACUUGAUGAACUCUCUGUGCCACUUCAUCCAUUAUCUCAAGUUUAUGAUGCCCAGGACUUCAAACGGAGGAAUGAC